AUGGAUAGUAACUUAUAUAAACCGGCUCUCGAUGAAAAAUCAAUACAAAAUGUUAAAUUCUCUAAUGAACGGGGAUGUAGUAGUAAACUCAAUAUUGAUGAUAAUGAUAAAAGAUCUAUGAAUACAGUGUUGAAUGAUUUAAAAUUGAUCGUAACAAACAAAUGUACAAAUUAUGUGUGUCAAAUAUCAAUGUUAUGUGAAUUUUUUGUUAAUGCCAUAAAAGUGGUGAUAUGUGAAACACAAAAACAAAAUUCGUCAACAUCUAACAUUAUUGGAUCUUUGAAUUCAAAUGUAAGUGAAUUAGCUCAAUUGUUAAAACAAAUGAAUAAUGAAUGUAGUAAAGAAUUGAGUAAAUUUAAAGAACAGAAAAAUAUAAUGACAACUACCAUAUUAAAAGACAAUUAUUCACAAGAUUUAUAUUCAAUUGAUGAUGGUAAUGAUGAUCAUACACUAAACAAAUAUAAAACUAAUAGCAUUCAUCCUUAA